AUAACAAACUAGCAUUUUGUGUCAUUACAAAAACCCUAACCAGUAAGCCCUUGAUCUCUCAAAACCCCUAAAUUCUCUUCUUUUACCGGAGUUUCAAAAGAAGAGGUUCAAUGGUAGAAACCAAAGAUUCGGAAAAACCCACAUUGCCUUCGAAGCGUAAACCCGAUUUAAGUUGCGAAGAGAACGAAAGCCACCAUAGUAAAACGCAAAAGCUCCAAACACUGAACAAUAAUUCAGAAAUUUCCGAAGGAAAAAUCCUAGAACGAGAUAAGGAAUGCCUUAAUCUAGAUGCCCAAGCGAACGGCAACGAUGACGAGGAUGAAGAAGAGGAGGAUGACGACGACGAUGACGUGGAGGGUAAUGGAGAGGCUGUUGUUGAUAGAAAGGGAAAGGGGAUUUUAAUAGAAGAGGAAGAUGAUGAAAGCGACGAUGAGGAUGGUGAUUCCAGUGAUGGCGGAUCGGACGGUGACAGUGAAUUGUCUGACGAUCCGUUGGCGGAGGUUGACUUGGAGAAUAUACUUCCGUCCAGAACCAGGCGGAAAGUAAUUCAACCAGGGGAAUAUAUUGCUAACGAUCUUGGUGAUGAGGACGAUGACAGUGAUAGUGAGGAUGAGGACGCGUGAGUUGCUAUUAUUGAUGUUGUCAUGCUCUUCAUCUAACUCCAUAGGAUCAUUGUUCGCUCUUUAUAUACAUUGAGGCAGCAAUAGAUUUGCAUGUGUGGAGUAACGCUGUUUAUUAACAAAGCCAUAUAUGCACUCAGAGAUGAAUGCUACUGUUCUUAGUAGUGCCUUUGACAAGUGAAAUACUAUCAAGCAUUGUGUUAUAACUCUGUCGUAUUGGACAAGUUUACCUUCGAAUGAACACAGCUUUCUGGGAAGAUCUUAUUCUGCUGUGGAGUUGUAGUUUCCUGGUGUGAAUAGUCUGUAUUUUCAAUUUCUUUUUACAGGCUUGUGAUGGAUGAAUAUGGACACCAACUACACUUUCUGGCAAUGUAAGGCAUUUCAUCAUGCCCAGACUCUUAUGAACUCGAUUUUCAUUGCCAGAUUUUCUGAAUUAUGUUGAGAGUGUUCCAACAUUAAAAAUAAAUCUUUUGGGUUCAAUA